AUGUCCUCAUUGCUUAUCUUGACCGCUUUACUCGAGACAUCACUUGGUUGUUUGUCGGCGGGUGUCUGUGGAAUGGCCGGUGGAUGUGGUGGUGGAUACGUGCCACCGCCGAUGCCAUCGUGCGGCGGUGGAUGUGGACCUGGAUACGGGUGUGGAUCGUAUGGAUGUUAUCGACUAGCCACUCGGGCUCACUCCUCAAAAACUCUCCGAAUACCCGAACAGUCCGAUCAAAUGCGCCUCUCACCAGAUGAGAAAUUCUCUCAUUGUUGCCAAAGUCGUCAUCUACCUGAUGCUUGUCUCACAAAGUGUUCCUAUUCGACGUACACGAAAGAUUCGAUCAGAACGAUGUACUUCAAAUUAGACACAUGCCCAUCACAAGCCGCUGCCGAUAUUCACUUCUGCGCUGCUCAAGGUCGAGAUCAUCGCGAGUGUUGCAAGAAUGCGGCUGUUGGCACGACGUUUGCCGGUCAAAAAUGUCUAGCUUUCUGUGAUCAGAGGCCUGGUCAAGUCACUCAACUCGAUUUGACCUAUCUAGCCUGCUAUCACCGUUUUGAUCAAAUGCUUGGAUGCUUUUAUGAGGAUGUGGCUAGGGGCAAAGGCGCAACUCUAGCAGCGAUGUCCCUUUCGGACAUUUCCGAUGAGUCGAAUGAGUCGAAUGAUGAGCAAUUCAAGGAAAUCAACACUGAUCAACAACCCAAAAAAGCUCAGAAUCAUCAAAAAGCAAAGACUUUUAGAGGAAAU